GUCACCAGACCUCAAUAUGGCGCCUCUCCGCUCCGAGUUCACCUGUCACCGCCGAGGAUGAGAGCCGCCCAGACCGGCCCAUCCACCGUACCUCUGCCGGCCCGAGGGCUCUGUGUCCCGGUAUGACGCUCCGGAGGACUCCGCUGUCUCUUCACCGAGGACGAGGCGUCGCAGCCGGGUUUGUUUCUGCCGAGCAGCGCUGACAGAAGCUCCAGAGAGACAGGAAGUGUGUAUGCAGCUCUUCUUGUGGCAGUUGGAGUGAAAUGGAAAGCAGCGAUGAGGCGUCCUCUUCAUCGGUGACCGUAAACAAUGCAGACGAGUCCUCGCCGUGGCGCCAUCGUGGCCGUGAACGCUCCUCCUCUGCCGAUGUCAUUGCUCGGGUUCAGCGUUGCCCGAGACGACCAAUCAGAAGCGGCUCUGACAGUCAGGAGGCGGGGCCUAGUCUGAGGGACGACGUCUGCCAAACAAACAGUCCGAGUGUGAAAGUGAAGUGUUGGUCUGCGAGCUCAAACGGGGUGGCGUCCUGCACUGAGGGGUCAAAGGUUGACUGCUGUGGGGGCGGGGCUUCAGACCUCCCCCUGGACGAGUCUACCUGCUCCGCACCUCAGUGUAUAAACCCUGUGACUCCCCCCUCAGACUCUGACUCUGACACACAGGAGGGGGAUGAUGACGCCUUCAACACAGUGGGGGAGCUGAGCCCCCCGCCCCCUCGCCACAGGAACACCUACGAGAGCGGCCGCAGGCAGAGCGCCCCGGGUCAGCUGGUCCAGGACCACGGGGGGUCAGAGUCUGAGCUGCAGUCCAGGAGGCCAGGCCUCGCCGAGUACUUCAGCAGGAAGCAGCGGUCCGUCCCUCAAAGCGCUCCUGGUUGGAAGCUGUUUGGUAAAGUUCCUCCCAAACAGAGUCCCACCAAACAGGCUCAGAUCAUCCAGCAGGAGUUUGAGGCACGGCAGAUGGCCGCCUGCAGCUCCCCUACCCAUCAUGCCGCGGGGCAGCAGAGCAAGAGAAAGGUGGAGUUUGAGCCGCUGUCGACCACAGCGCUGAUCCUGGAGGACCGGCCGCCGAACCUCCCAGCCAAGUCCGCGGAGGAGGCCCAGAGACACAGACAGCAGUACGAGCAGAUGGUGGCCGCGGCCAAGAGGAGAGAGCUGAAGGAGGCUCAGAGGAGGCGGCAGCAGAAGGAGCAGCGGCUCCGACAGGAGGAGCUGCUCUCAAACACGUCGCUGGUCUGGAACCUGCACAUCCUGCCACACUGGGACCUCAUUGUCUGUCAUUGUGUCAGGAGGUCUAGUCGCCGGGCUCAGGACCUGUGGUGGGGCGGUUUACCUCCCAGUGUCCGAGGGCGGGUCUGGAGCCUCGCUGUGGGAAACGAGCUCAACAUCACUGCAGAGCUGUAUGAGAUCUUCCUGUCCAGAGCAAAGGAGAAGUGGAGGAGCCUCAAUGAGACCGACGGUGCAGCGCCGGCCGGCCUGGAGCGCAUCACGCGGGACGUCUCUAGGACUUUGCCCUCACUGCUCGUCUUCCACAAGGGCGGCCCUUAUCACGACCUGCUGCAAAGUAUUCUGGGAGCUUACACCUGUUACAGACCUGAUGUGGGAUAUGUCCAGGGGAUGUCCUCCAUGGCAGCCAUGUUGAUCCUGAACAUGGACGAGGUGGAGGUCUUCAUCAGCUUCUCCAACCUGAUCAACAGACCCUGUCAGCUGGCUUUCUACAGAGUGGACCACCAGCUGAUGCUCAGGUAUUUCGGGGCCUACCAGGUGUUCUUCCAGGAGACUCUUCCCCGUCUCUUCCUUCACUUCCAGUUUUCAGGUGUGACUCCAGACCUCUACCUCAUGGACUGGAUCCUGUCCCUCUACAUGAAGCCCCUCCCCCUGGACGUGGCGUGCAGAGUUUGGGACGUCUUCUUUCGGGACGGGGAGGAGUUCCUGUUCAGGGCGGCUCUGGGGAUUCUGAGGCUCUACCAGGACCUCCUGCUCCACAUGGACCUGGUCAGCAUCGCUCAGUUCCUGUCCCGCCUUCCCGAUGAGGAGCUGCUCUCCGAUAGGCUGUUCGCCUGCAUCUCGGCCACGCCCAUGCUGAGCGGGAACAGGAAGUGGACUCAGGUGUUGUCGUCGUGCAGAGACUCAGAGAGGACCAGCUGAUGAUUAUUAUUAUUAUUAUUAUUUAUCAGAAUUGUAAACUUUUCAUGUAUUUCUCUUUAUUUAAAAGAAAUAAAGAAACUGAAAGCCUGAAUUAUCUAAAUAUGUGCAGGUUAAUUAGAAAAGAAUUAAUAAUAAUGAGUGAUUAUGGACUGUUGAGCCGCCUCGUUUGCAUAUUAUUCAUGAAUAAAUAGAGUUUAAUCAAAACAGAAAUAAAUGUCAACACAACAGAUAAUUUGGGAAAUUAAAUAUGAAAAUAGAUAAAAGUAUUAUUUAUUGUUCUAUUUCUGAGUAUAUUUAUUCAUUUUCAAAUUUGCCUGCACAUUAAUUACUGUGUUUGUAUUUAUUGCAUCAUCCAUUCAUGUUCAUACAGCUUUAGAGACACAUGUAAAACAUAUUUAAUAAUAAUAUAAAUGUUCUUUUUAAAUUAAAAACAUGCUUUUGAUAAGUCUGUUUCUGAGUCCACAACAUGUUUUAUUAUUUACACUUUUAAUAUUUAAGUGUUGAUUCUCUGCUGUUUCAUUUCUGGUUAUUUUACAAUUUCUUAACUUAUUAUAUUUAACUAGAAAUUAACUGUUUAUCAUUAAAUUCAUAAGAAAUCCACAGCGACAAAUAAACUAAUAACUCAACAUUGUUUAUUUAUAUUAUUAAACCACAUGUUGACCAUUAGACUGUAUCUCUGUCUUAUAUAUAUGAUGUACUAAUACAUCAUACUGUCUGUAUCCAUGUUUUAUUAUAUAUAUAUAUUUAUAUGAUGUACUAAUACAUCAUACUGUCUGUAUCUCCAUGUUUUAUUAUAUAUAUAUAUAUAUGAUGUACUAAUACAUCAUACUGUGUAUCUCCAUGUUUUAUUAUAUAUAUAUAUGAUGUACUAAUACAUCAUACUGUCUGUCUCUACAUGUUUUAUUAUAUUUAUAUG